AUGAGCCACACAAAGAUCCCGGGAAUAUCGUCUCAUAAGAGACCACUAGGCUCACCAGAGCGUCUUGGUAUGCCCAGCAAGCGGACACAUGUUCUGGGGGACGUUACGAAUACAAUAGCGUUCAGCGAGUAUUUCAAGAAUAGUAAUCGGAAAUACACUAUGCCAUCCACUGCCGUUGCAGACCCAAAUAUGCGUCUUAUGAACAGGUACUACUAUGGUGAUCCGAAAGUUAUUGAGGAGGUCAAGAAAAGAGAACGCAAAAUUGCCAGGGAUAUUCAGCAUUUUAGAAAAUCUAUUGUAGAGAUCGAUACAGAGACCAGAAUCGUGCACGAACGGGAACUGCCCGAUCUCAGAUACGAAAUCUCAAAAAAAAAUGCGUUGUGCAAUGAGCUGCGCAAAGAUCUGAUAGAAUUUACGUCGAAGCUUGACGAAAAAACCAAUGAUUGUGAUACUCUUAAAAGGGACGGGGAACUCGAUCUUCAACAUACACAACUCAAGCACCAAGUAGCACUUCAAGAGGUUCAAAAUGAAUUGGACCAAAACAUGAGUAAAUGUGCUGCUGAAUGGGAAGCAAAACUGCGAGAAAUUGAUAAUGAGCGUCCCGAUCCUGCUUUGCUCGUUGAACUCGAGGAACUGCAGAAAGAAAAACAUCUACGCAAUGCGCAGACUAAAGAAUUGGCGGCCAGCAAUAAUUUGGCUUGCGAAAAGAAAACCCAAGAGCUUGGUACGAUAUUGGAGCAACUAUUGAUAGAGAAGCAAGAACCGCUGCAUGAAUUGCAGGCAAAAAGUGAGGCGGUUCAAAAGGACAACGACAUGCUCAGACAAGAAACCGAUUCAGUCAAAGGUAAAAUCUCUCAAUAUGAAGAUCGUUGUUCUCAGUUGAUGCAACAGAUCUCAACCGUAGAUUCGUUGAUCACAGAAUGUAUGGAGGAACGCGCAAAAAAUCUCGAAGCCAAGAAAAAGGCAGAAGUCACAUAUCUCGAUUGCAAAACUAUCACAGAUGCGGUCCAGGAAGAGGCUCUUAUAGUAGAGUCCCAAUACAAUCAAGAGUUUGACAAAAUGGAAAAAGAACAGACAAGAAGAAGGGUCAUGGAAAAUAGCAUCGACGAGCUUCGCGGUAAAAUUCGGUGUUUCGCUUUCGUGGGUGACGAAAUGGUGGAAAACUCGAGUGUCGAUUAUUUUGCAAAAACAAUCGCAUUGGAUGAGACCAAGCCCUGUACAUUCAAUAGAAUCGUACCCCGAAAACUGAUUGAAGAACAGGAGUUGAUAAACCAAGAAUGCGAACCCUUUUUUCUAAUGUGCUUGAACAAGCAACUUAACUUUAGCCUCAUGUCGUCUCCUACUGGAAGGCAGUUGCAAUUGAAGAGAGCUUUUUUGGAGUAUCUCCUUACCAAAGAGAACAAACUCCUGACACAAUACGUUUCUCUUUCUGAGGGUUCAGAAUCUUGUGACCUUUUCCUACCAGCAGAACAAAAUGUCAAAACGGAUAUUCAGCUUACUCUAAAAAAAGACGCAAUUGAAAUCAAUUCAACUACUCUCGAAAUGCGAUCUACACAAGACGUAGAUGAAAAUGCAGCUCUUCUGGAAUCCAGUGUGGAUUCAGGCAAUGUCGGUAUUUUGAAGGCUGAGAUUUGGAAAGAUCAAAAUAAAUGUUGUGACGCUUACUUUCUGGAAGUCAACGAUCUCAAGACUAUGGAAAUGUUGGGAAAUUCUCGAAUAACCACUUCUACCACGAAGCCACCAAUGGCUAUAAUAUUACAAACGCUGCUGUUAAAAACAAAAUCUCUUUUUCUUUUCAAUCUUUUUGACAAAGAUACAGCGAGACCCAGCAUCUUACUAGACGCAGCAAGCCACAUUAGUCACCUCGAGACGUCGCAGACGCCUACGUGA